AAAGUGCUGAAGUCAAAAUAUAAGCCAUGCUACGAUAAAUUUUUAUCCGUGCAUCGAGGCUAAAGAAGAUAGGAAAUGAGCUCCGUAUAAGGAGGAAAUUCUAAGUUUAUAUUUAUUGAGUAAGAUUAGUUAAGUAAGGUCAUUUUCAGGAAUGGUUCUAAAAUAGGUAACGCGACGGCUAAGAUGUCACUCAACACAGGGGGACCUUAAAUAUGCAAGUGCCUGCGGUUUCGUUAGUGACUCGUAGACAUUGUGAUGCAUCGUCGAACUGGGAGCUCUAGGAAGGAAUACGGUGAUAAAGUAGCCAUGUACGGGAUAUCUGCCAAAAACCGCGAGUACCUAGCGUCUAUGGCUAACGAUAUGAGGUUUUCAGAGCCUAUAGACCAGGGCUCCAAUCUGCACAUGGCGCUAAAGCUAUUAAAAGCCGAGAAUUCAAACCUGGAGAAGAUUAUUAUCAUUCUCAAGACCGAAAAUCAGACCCUCCAGAGGAAAAUGAAGGAACUUGAAUACCAAAAUGAUCGAUUUAAAGUAACCCAGAACCAGCUUAAGACUGAGUUAAAAAGAGAAAAGGAUAUGGUGAAGUAUUUACACGGGCUCGCUAAGAAACACGAGAGAACGAUACAGAAGAAAGAUGCGGAGAGCAGGCUACUGCGGCGAGAGGUCCGAGAAGCAGAGACCAAACCAUCCGACGAGCCGCCUCCGCUGCCAGAGAGAACAGACCGAUUAGAGAGAAUCGCGCGAGAGAAAACGCUUACGUUGGAUAACUUAGAUUCUAUAGACGCUAGAGAUAGAGCCAAAGAAAAGGAGAGAAUACCACUAACUCCUGCUACUCCUAGUACACCUUCUACCCCUAGCCCUACAAGCGAAACUCCUCGGCCUCGACCACAACCACCGAAGCGUUCGGACUCAUUCAACAUCAAACGAAAUAGGCCCUUUAUAAUUCCGCGUGGGGAUAACUCCCGAGCGAGUUCGUAUAAUUCUGAUUCGGCUGUUAGCGGGAUUACAAUACGCGCUGUAAAUACGGAGGCCUCGACGAUCUCGAAGCAUAAGGUAUCACUCACAAAGCCGGCGACCGAGGCUCGAGGACCACACUCAGCCACGGAUAACGACUCAACAGAGUGGGACGGAGAUAUGAACGAUGUUUUAGGAUUUUUGAACGAGAAAGUAAACCAGUUUGAACGCCUUUUAGUGGAAACUGGAGGGAGUUCUAAUUCAGGGUCGGAAUAUUCCUCUAGUGACACUAUCGGACCGGGAAAAUAAUAUGCCGGUCCAUAUACUUGGAAUUUGCACGGUAUGAUCAUAUCGUAAACCUGUAUACACAGUCGAUUAUUUAUAUUUUGAGGGCGGUAAGUUAUUAACGUGUCUGUUAGUGAAUAACCUCUACUGUUUCAUCUUAGGAAAACAUAUUUGCUGCUAAGAACAACAUAACGUAUUCAGUUAGUGUUUGAUAAAGUUUUUAUGACGUUUGGAAGGUACACAUUUGAAAAUUGUUUCACCUCUAGUUGCCGCUUGUACGCUUGAGUGAUGGUCCUUAUAGUAAACUUCAGUUCAAAGGCCGACCCUAUUGACAAUGUACCUUUGCAUUAUGUGCUAGUCUAACUAAAACUAUAGUACUACUAAACAUGGCUAUAAUAAAUGUAUUUCUAUGUAA